AUGGCGAUGCGCAACUUCAAAUAUCGGCGGCGCAUCAAGAUGUGCAUUUUGAAUUACAAAGAAUACCGACGAGAAUACUCAAUAUUUUCCGGUAUUGAAUAUGACGAGACAGCGCUAGAUGCUGCUGUCUAUCCGGAAUGGGUUCAAUCAUUUGUCAACGCCCCUCAGGAACCUCAUGGCGACUCAUCACUCUGUAGUGUCUGUAGUGAUUUACAGCAGACGAUCGAUCCUCAUGACCUUUGCGGCUCUUUUUCUUUUCAUUUCAACCCCCCUCAGGAUCCAUACGACGACCCGCAACCACUUUGCAUUGAGCCAUUGGAUGCAGUUAGUCCCCGGAAUCCGGACGGUGUUUUACAGGCACAACCCGAACCAUUUUCUCUUCACCAAAGGUCCCGCGAGGGAGAGACACAUGAGUCUCUUCCACGCCGGCAACGUUCAGAACCACUACAACGCUCAUUAUCGGUCUCACCGGGGCAUAAUGCUGCCUCUUCGCAACCAGCUCGGUACCACAACAUGUCUUGUUCUAUUUCUUGCUUUCCUAAACCUAAAAUUCUCCAUUGCACGGAAGAAGCUUGCAAGGGUGUGUUCUUCAAGGACGAAAGGACCCUGAGGCGGCAUCUAUACACCAAACAUUCUGGUGCCUUUUAUGUCUGCCGGUGUGGAUAUUCUAAUGGGAGAAUAGACACUUACCGGAAUCAUAUAAGCAAAGAUAAAUGCAGUAGUGAACAGCCAUACACAUGCAAAUGUGGUUAUGCCACUUACGAUCUUACCGAACAACAAAGUCAUUUAGAUAGUCAUCCGAAAGGGAAGCCAGGAAGACCUACAAAGGAGAACACUGGUCAGUGA